GUAAAGGGUAUCACGUGAUAGGAAAAGUCGCUUAUGAUGCCGGUUACGGCAAGUACCUUGGCCAGUGCUCACCUCGAGUGGUGCCCGUAGCUUACCCGACCAGCCGCAGAACAUCAAACGACCAUCAAAUCAGGCCAUAGACAAAUCCCUCUCUCUUCAACCAAAUCCGACGUCACAACAACGAACCUCUCCUCUCUGCACCCCCAAUUGCCAUCGCCAUGUUCUUGCAACGCUCCGCCAUCAUGGCUGCCCGCCGGGCCGCCGUCGCUCCCCUCGCCAGACGCACUUUUGCGACCUCCAUGAUCCGCCGCGACGCCAACCCUUCUACCCCCGCCAAGCCUUAUAAGACCAUCAAGGAAAUCCAGGUCGAGGAGGACCUCACGGGUCCCGGUGCCAAGCCCGGUACCGUCCCUACCGACCUCGAGCAGUCCACCGGUCUUGAGCGUCUUGAGAUCCUCGGAAAGAUGGAGGGCGUCGACAUCUUCGACAUGCGCCCCCUCGAUGCCUCCCGCAAGGGCACCAUGGAGAACCCCAUCCCCGUCCGCUCCGCCGGUGAGGAGCAGUACCUCGGUUGCACCGGUGUCCCGGUCGACUCCCACGUCACCAUCUGGCUGACCAUCUCCCGCGACCGCCCCAUCGAGCGCUGCCCCGAGUGCGGCUCCGUUUACAAGAUGGAGUACGUCGGCCCCACCGACGACCACCACCACGACCACCACCACGGCCACGGCUACGAGGAGCCCAAGACCUUUGCCGACUUCGUUAAGCCCGAGUACCGAUACCAAUAGAUGCAUCGCCCGACGGCGGGACAUGUAGUAACAAUGGCGAGACUGGGGGCGAGACGGCAUCGGGGUGGCUCUGGAGUAAGCACGGCAGAUGUGUAGAUUACCUUAGUUGUUGCUGUAUAGAACCUUUUUUUUUUCUCCCGGCU